AUGACCUUCACGCAGGCUGAUGUGCUUCAGAACUGGAAAUUGGGGCGCAAGGCUCUCAAUUUCGGUCUAGUCCUAACCGUGACUCUUGUCGUCUUUACCGCUCUAAGCGUUCAAGUCAUUGUUUGGCAGCAAUUGGUUGUCUCGCUCAAUGUCACCUUCAAACAACUUAAUAACUCGCAAUCCAUCUUUUGCGCUGGUCUUGCCAUGGGAACCGUCGUCUUCAUGCCAUUUGCCAUCAAGUAUGGCAGAAGGCCGGUCUAUAUUAUUUCGACGGCUAUAGUCUUCGCCAUGUCGGUUUGGUCAUCCCGCAUGGACACUCUGUGGGAACUCUAUCUCACGAAUCUGAUCAUGGGCUUGGCUGGGGCAACAAACGAAGCAAUUAUCGGCUGUACAAUUGCCGAUCUUUUUUUCGUUCACCAACGGGCCACGAUGAAUGGCAUCUACCUACUGACAGUUGUCGCCGGAAAUUUCUUGACACCUAUGUUAGCCGGAGUGCACGCAACAGCAUCAGGGUGGCGUUGGGUCUACUAUGUUCUAUCUAUUUUUACCGGCUUCGUCUUUCUCGCAUUCAUUUUUUUAUAUGAGGAAACAAAAUAUAUCCCUCUAAGCGAAGGACAGCAAAGCAUAACGGUGGCGAGCUCCGAAGUUCCUUCUCAAACAGCCAUAGAGAGAGAAGGUGGAUCGAUGGUAACUGAGCCUGCCAAAGCUGAAGCAGAGGAGUCCUUGUAUCAGAUUGACACAGGAAUUCAAAUUGACGACACGGUUCCUCUAGCCUCUUGGAAACAGCGGUUGUCUUCAACUCGCCCUACUGAUGAAUCACUCCGAGAGUUAUUCUAUCGCCCAGUCCUGAUCAUGUUCCGUCUACCCAUCGUCGCAUUUGCAGCAUUUCAAUACUCAGUCGCUCUUUGCUGGCUUGUCAACAUCAUCGUGGUUCUCAAUAUGGUUUUUCCUUACCCACCAUAUAAUUUCACACCGGCACAAGUCGGCUACAUGUGUCUAGGACCCUUUACAGGCUUCAUGAUUGGAACCUUGUACGGUGGUCCCCUGACUGACAAAGCUAUUGUAUGGUUUGCCAAAAGAAAUCAUGGCUACUACGAGCCUGAAAUGCGCCUUUACCUACUUCAUCUGCCCUGUGUGCUAACUGCCGCUGGUAUCAUUAUGUUUGGGGUUACUACAGCAAAGGGAAUGCAUUGGAUCGUUCCUGCUAUUGGUGGCGCAAUCUAUGCUGCUGGAGGAAUCGCAUAUGGCGACAACAUCUUGACUUACGUGAUUGAUAGUCACAAACUACUUGCUGGUGAGGCUUUCGUCACAAUUAGCUUCUGGCGAAAUCUCCUCAUUAUUGUAAUGGCUCAGAUACGGAUUCCGUGGAUGAUCGGAAUGGGCUUACAGAAUAUGUUCAUUCUUUCGGGGUUCCUGUCCCUUGCCCUUACUUUCUUGUACGUUCCCAUGAUAUAUCUCGGCAAACGGACUAGGCGAGCUUCCGCCAAGUGGUACUAUCAAAUGGCCGAAAACAGAAUUUAA